AUGAUUAAUCAACCUUCGGGCCAGAUUAAGCUUACCAAUGUGUCUAUCGUGAAAUUGAAAAAAGGCAAGAAGAAAUUCGAAGUUGCGUGCUACCAAAAUAAAGUUCACGACUUUAGAAAGGGUAUCGAAAAGGAUCUAGACGAGGUGUUGCAAAUCCAUCAAGUCUUCAUCAAUGUUUCCAAAGGUCUUGUCGCGUCAAAAGACGAUUUGACGGCCUCUUUUGAAUCCACGGAUCUGGAUACUAUAAUCAAAGAAAUCCUCACACGAGGAGAAAUGCCGCUGUCCGACAAGGAAAGACAGCUCAUGAUGAAUAAAAUCAACAACGAAAUGCUGACAAUUAUCAGUGCGAAGUGCAUCAACCCGAAAUCCAAGAAAAGAUACCCUCCUUCCAUGAUUCACAAGGCUUUGAUGGAGCUUAAGUUCAGAGUGGUGAUAAAUAAACCCGCCAAGACACAGGCCUUGGAGGCAAUCAAAGUCUUGACUGCCAGCCAGAUCAUUCCUAUCGCGCGUGCAAGAAUGAGAGUUAAAGUAAAUAUGGAAAAAAAUGGUAAUGGAGAGGCGAUUGAGAAACUAUCGGCUCUUAUGAAAUCUGCUGAUGCAACCGAAACUGACGCAGAAUGGUCCUGCACGGCCGUGAUAGACCCUGUCGCGUACCGCGUAAUCGUUGAACUGUGUAACGGCAAAGGUGUACUGCAGGUCUUGGAUUUGGCUGUUAUCGAUAGCAAAUAA